UCGUCGGGCAGGCUCAAUUUUCGUCAGGAUUUCAUCAUUUGUCAGCGAGAUGAGAUCGCUCGCUGUCGCGCUGCUGGUAGUCGGUACCUGUUACGCGGCCCGACUGGAGAACACUUACCUUCCUCCGGGUAAUGCGGGCACCGCGGGAGGUGCGGGUUUAAUACAAGCGCCAAAUAGAGGCCCUGGAGGUCCUGGUGGUCCCGGAGGACCUGGUAGACCCGGUGGAGCAGGCGGUCCUGGUGGUCCAGGUGGUCCAGGUGGUUUCGGCGGCGGUGGAGGGGGUGGCUCCUUCGGCGGUGGUGGUGGAGGAGGUGGCGCUUACGGAGGUGGCGGUGGAGGUGGAUUUGGAGGACCCGGUGGCGGUGGACCAAGAGGAGGUCCCGGUGGUGGCCAGGAGAUACCCAUCGUCUCGUUCAACAAUCAGAACAGCGGCGACGGCAACUACCAGUUCAGCUACGAAACAGGAAAUGGUAUCAGUGCGCAGGAAACGGGUCAGCAGCAAGGUAAUUCGGAAGCGGUUAGUGGAUCGUACUCGUACACGGGACCUGAUGGCGUGCAAUACAGUGUCUCUUACACGGCUGACGAACAAGGUUUUCAUCCCCAAGGAGCUCAUCUUCCGACACCACCUCCCAUCCCACCGGAAAUCCAACGAGGAGUCGAAUUGGCACUUGCCGCUGAGGCCAGAGGAGAGAAUCAAGACACUUCCGGUGGUGGUGGAGGAGGUGGCGGUAAUGGCGGAGGCGGAUAUUCAGGCGGGGGCGGUGGCGGUGGUGGUGGUGGUGGAGGUGGUCGAGGUGGAGGUGGCGGUGGAGGCGGCUAUCAAGGUCCAAAUUCAUACCAAACGAGCUCGGGCGGAUACCAUUACUAAACGACACCCUGAAAGUCAUUGCGUAUCAAUUUUGUUCCAUUACAGCAAUCUCAUUUAAAGGCGGACUUAUGUACAUAAAAAUAUCGUUUAUGUAACUUUUUUAUU